GCUUGGUCUUCCGUGCCGCUUCUCAAUCUCCUUUCUCUCGUCUCCAAGUUCCCUUUCCUCUCAAUAGAUGUGUGUCUCUGGUGAGUCUUGUCCUCGCGAGUGGCAUGACCGGGCGCUAGGACUCUUUUUCGGCGGAUGCCUUCGCCUGCUUCUCUGUUUUCCUCAGAUGCCAAAUGCCAAGCCGGCCUUUGUGGGCUUGCCUUUACCCUUUGCCAUCCUUUUCGGGGGUGUCUGUGCGGAACCUACUGGGAGAUCGGUUUUCGCAGUUUUCUUUGUGAGUUUCCAAGAACGCAGUGCGCGCCUUGCGUCGGCCGCGCGCCUCGAGCGUCCCUUCUUCCGCUUGACUCCCAAGAAACUCGUGGAAGAAAAGAUAAUUCAAGGUGUUUCUCCGUCCGUGGAGACCAACAGAAUUUUCUUCACGGAGUCACCAGACGUCGUCAGUUCACCCAGUUCCCUUUCCUGCGUUCCAAACAGCGCCUGAGGCGGUCUUCGUCACCCGGAGAGAGCCUCUCAGUCCCGACGCCUCGAAACGAACAUCUCCUCGCAUGCAUUUCACCCCUGUCCGCCUUUCUGUAAUCUAUUUUCUCUGAAGGGGCGCCUAGGGCCGUCUUUGCAGGUUAUGUGGUCGAAAACGAGUUUCUUACUCUGCGCAGAGAUGCAUGUACUUUGCUUCGCCCUGCUCAGAGAAGAUGCCGCAGAUAUCAGGAAGCAGCCUUCUAGGCGCGUUGAAUGAGUCACCUCUCGGCGCAUCGCCUUCUUCGUCUUUCCUCUUUGGGAGGUCUUCCUCGAGUUCUCAACAGCCGUCAGGUUUCUCGUCUCUCCAGAGCCCCGCCGCUACCUCGGCCGCAGCUGCUGCUACCGCCUCGCUCUCAGCUUCGGCAGCGGCGGCCUCUUCCUUCUUCUCCACCCUGACCUCGACUCUUGCCUCUGGAACGUUUCCGACCCCGAGCCGCGGUCGCAGCAACGAAGCUGGAGGGAGUGCGGAGAAAGCAAAUGCGGACUGCUCGGCGGGGCGCAGUGGCGAAGCCGCUGGUGCGAAGAACGCGAGCGCGGCGGCAGACGCCGCCGGAGACCUCCCGCCAAGUUUGGGUCUACGCACAGCUCCCAAGCCGUGUCAGCUGUUCGACGAAGAUGAGAGUCCGGCGCGUGCUGCGGAUGGCCAAGUCGAGGCGGGGGAUCUUUUCGCGGAGAAACAGACGCUUGAGCGGGUGCUGCGGCGGCGCGAGCGGGAGUUGCGCGCCGCACUGAAACGCAUGCGGAGGCUGGAGGAGGCGGCGGCGACGCAGAAUGCAGAGCGGCACCAAGAAAGGGAGCUCUUGCUGGAUGUUUUGAAGCAGAACGGACUCUUCGAGUCUUCCUCUGCACGCGACGUCGGUUCAGACCAAAGUCCCCUGCAGCCAGAUCCUUCGGACGCCGCGUCUGGGCCGAUCGGCCGCGGCGACCUCGGGUGUACAUCCACCCGAGCUGAAGACGUGCUCACGGAGGACGCCGCUUUGAUGGGGAUCCAAAAGCUCGCGAAUCUGCUGCGGCAGCUUGAGGAAGAAAACCGAGUUCUCUUGCUUUUCGCGCAGAUGGUUUUUCCGACUUAUCCUGGAUUCGCCAGUGCGGGGACUUCCGUGGUUCCCGCUCAAGCAGGUGCUCGCUUGGCAUCCAGCUCGACAGGACAGCAGCGGCGGCCGCAGCUCGACUUUGAAGACUUGCGAACGUCAUGGCUGGAGCAGGAAGAGACGCGCGGCGUAGCGGCCGUCCACGCGCAGCAUGCGGCCCGGGAGGCGGCGCGCGGGUGGGAGGCGCAGGCGAAGAAGGCCGAGCAAGAAGCCGAGAGUCUGCGUGCGACUGUCGCGGAGCUCCGACAACAAGUCGCGAAGGUGACCAAGGAGAAGGCGCAUCUUCUCGUUGGGCGCAUGCAGCGCGCAGGCCAGGCUGGCUCGGGGCCGAGGAUGAAGAGAGGCGGCGAUGCUUCUUUGGAACCGGACCUCUGUCCCCACUGCUCGGCGAUGUCGACAGCUGCCACCCGUGCGUUGGAAGCUGCGACCGGCGCUCUGGAGAAGUCGCGCGGUCCGGAGGAUGCGAGAGAGGAAACGUCUGCACAAAAAAAAGACGGGGAAGAAGAAAAAGAAGACACAGGGGGAGAGGACGAAGAGGAAAAAGAGAAGACAGAGGAAAACGCAGAGGUUGGCGAGAGCGAGGAUGGAGGCGAGAGGCAGGAGAGAAGACGCGAAGGCGGAAACAAACGAGGAGUGGACAGCGGGAAGGAGAAGAGCGGGGCCUCUGCUCCGGAGAUCCCAGAGGGCGAAUGCAGAGGGGUGGUGGAUGGCGAGGAGACCUGUGGUGUGUCUGGACGCCAGGAGAAAGGAGAGGUCGGCAGUUGUGAAAUUCAUUUUCAGUGUGAGGAGGAUGCAGUGCCACGAGGGGACAAGGAGAAUACUUUCGUACCGAAGCAAGAGGGCGAAAUCACGAGUUCUGCAGCUGUUACACGAGAGACGGAGUCGGCUUUCUGCUUCGUUUCGGGACCGAAAGCAGGCAGCAGCGAGGCUUCUGACGUCUGUGGCAGUUCGGGGGUGAAGCCGCGACCGCGCGGUGAGCCUCCGUCUUAUUCGGAAGCAGAAACCGAAAUUCACGAGUCGUCUUCCCGCGCAGAGAUCGUCGAGUUAAGACGAAGACUCGAGGAGACGCAGAUGGCGUUUCAGCAACACCGGGAGCAGGCGCGAGCGCUUUUGGGGAAGAAAGAGGAGGUUUUAAGCCGUCUGAGACACAAGGUUGCGACUCUUCAGCUGCGACAGAGACAGGGGGCGUUAGAGACUGUCGACAGCGGUGUCGCAGCCUCAGAGUUCACGACGAAUUCGGCCAGUGCUCUUGGAUCCCACCUUGUCGACUCCGGAGCUCUGCUUCAAGAGAUGGCUCUGCGGCAGACUCAGACGUCCGCAGAAAUCCGAGAUUUGCAAGAGGCGCUUCAGCAGGCUCGCGAAGAGGUCCUCCGGGUGCGAGGAGAGAGCACGAGACUGCGGACCCAGUUGGAGGAGGCGCGGAGGCAGGGAAGAAGAAGCAGCGCCGGCCGAGGACCGCUUCUGGGGUCGGGGGAGGAAGGCUCCGAAGGAGAGGGAGAGGGCACAAGGGAGGAGAAAGAAGGAGGUGGUGACACAGCGAGGAGAGCCGCGCAGUCCGGACGGAGUGUGGAGGUCGAGGAAGACGAGGGAGUGAUUCGAGAUGCUCAGUAUCUGCGAAACGUCCUGAUUCGCUACGUUCAGUACCAGCGCGGAGGAAACGAGAAGGCGGCGGUUUCCCUGUUGCCUGUUCUCGCCACGGUGCUGAAGAUGAAUGAAGAAGAAAAGAGACAAAUCCUGGAGAGUGGCGGGACCGGACCUCUCGCAGGCGCCGCAGGCGCGCUUUACGCUGUCGUAGCCCAGCAAUUCGGCUUGUCUUGAGGGGGGUAUGGGGCGCGAAAAGGGAGAAUUGGGUCCUUGUAAAACUCGCGCGUGCAGGGUGAAGAGAAACGCAGGGGUGGAGAGCGACUCAGAGCGCGAGCACGCAUGUUUUUGCGAGGUAGUCAUUUGCAUCCUAGAAAGGAGUGUGAAAUUUGUCGGUUGUCUUUGUCGAGCCUCUGGGACAAACGAACAGUGCAAGUCGUGGGGUUUUUCCAGUGAAAGAGAAGUGCUGCGGGGAAAAGGUAAAAGAAACGCGUUUUUCUUGAAAUCCGUGGAAGGUUUCGUCGUGAGGAAGUUGCUUGUCGGAGGUCAGGAAGCUUUGUUCUUUGUGUGGCAAGGAAGGUACAGGGAAACCUGGCGCGACACAGCGCCUAGACAGGAGACACAUUAAUUCUCCUGAACUUCUCAGCAAAACCACAGCGCUACCGUGUUUGUACAGCGUCUCUGUGAUCCUUAGGAUCACCGCUGUUUAUGUUUAUCGAACCUGAAUGGCGUUUUUCAGAGUACCUCGUGUUUCAAAAGCGGUUCCAUCUAGAACCGGC